GUCAAUUGUGCAUGUUAGGGCUUGUGGCGUAUAGGGCAUCAGGGGCAACUAAGGCUUUGCCCAGUGGUGAUGGAGUGGCUGGAUGUGGUGUGGGACUUGAGGUGGCAUUUCUCAGGGGAAGAGGCAACACUGGGGCUGAAGGAGAGGCUUGGGGGCAGGGGUAGCUGGUUGAGACUUCUGAAGGGGCUCAACCUGCUACCCCUUCUGAAAUGAAAAUGACAUUUCAUUAGAUUCUUUGGUAUGUAUCAUCUAUUUAAAUUCUCAAAUACUAAAUAAAACUUUAAAUCCAUUAAACAGUGAAAAAGCUGGUGUGUAGUCCCACGCAAAGUUUCUUGGGAGUAAGAUUAAGGCUAGUAUUGACUUCUAGGUAGGUAGUAUAUAAAGUUGUGCUAUGAAGUACUACUACUAAUUCAUACUGUUUCCUAACCCUGUUAAAACUGAAGCUGUUAUUUUGUAUGCUCAGAUGAAACCAAUAAUGCUGAUAACUAGUUAAAUAAAACAAAGCAAACACUAUCUUAUGGAAUUGAUUUAAAAUUGAUUGAAUGUUUGGAUAUGGUUUUGUGAAAGAAAAGGGAAGCUGCUAGGUAAUCUUCCCCCUCUUUUAAUAGGUCACUUCAGCAUUGCUUCUUGAGGCUGAUAUGGAUAAAUCAUUCCCUAUUUGUUUUCUUUCACUUUCCACCUGUUUCAUUCCUUGAUGUUGUUAUUUGUUUCUUUCUCAGGUGAGAACUGACUCAAGAUGAGUGGCCUUGGGAACAACUCUAUGGACCCGGGAAACCUGGAUUCUCAUAAGAGGAAGGGAUCACCAUGCGACACUCUGAUCCAGAGCAAUGAGAAACGACGCAGGGAGCAAGAGAACAAAUACUUAGAAGAGCUGGCAGAGCUGCUUUCAGCCAAUAUUGGAGAGAUUGACAGCCUGAGUGUUAAACCAGACAAAUGCAAGAUUCUAAAAAAAACGGUUGAUCAGAUUCAGCAGAUGAAAAGACUCGAACAAGAAAAAACAGCUGAUGAUGAUGUCCAGAAGUCUGAUAUCUCAUCCAGCAGCCAAGGAGUGAUUGAAAAGGAAUCCCUCGGGCCUCUUCUUCUUGAGGCACUGGAUGGCUUUUUCUAUGUUGUGAAUCGUGAAGGACGGAUUGUGUUUGUGUCUGAGAAUGUGACCAGCUACUUAGGCUAUAACCAAGAGGAGCUUAUGAACACCAGUGUCUACAGUAUCUUACAUGUGGGAGAUCAUGCUGAAUUUGUCAAGAAUUUGCUGCCUAAAUCACUAGUUAAUGGAGUCCCUUGGCCCCAAGAAUCCACGCGACGCAACAGCCACACCUUCAACUGCAGGAUGCUGAUCCGUCCCCCAGAUGAGCCAGGUGCCGAGAACCAGGAAGCCCGCCAGCGUUACGAGGUUAUGCAGUGCUUUACGGUGUCUCAGCCAAAACUGAUCAAAGAAGAAGGUGAAGAUUUGCAAUCCUGCCUAAUAUGCAUUGCACGAAGAUUGCCUCGAUCUACAGCUCCCACCACAUCAGAAUCUUUCAUGACCAAGCAAGAUACUACAGGUAAAAUCAUCUCCAUUGACACCAGUUCCCUCAGAGCAGCAGGCCGGACGGGCUGGGAGGAUUUAGUGAGAAAAUGCAUCUAUGCUUUCUUCCAGCCUCAGGGCAGGGAGCCGUCUUAUGCCAAGCAGCUAUUUCAGGAAGUGAUGACACGGGGCACGGCCUUCAGCCCAUCUUACCGAUUCACACUUAGUGAUGGGACUGUGCUGAGUGCUCAUACCAAGUGCAAACUUUGCUGCCCUCAGAGUCCAGAAAUGCACCCCUUCAUCAUGGGCAUUCAUAUAAUUGAAAGAGAACACAGUGCCCUGUUGCCUCAAGAGAACACUAAUUCUGCAAUGCCUCUUCCCCGGGUCAGUCCCUCACUGAACCCCAGCAUUUCUCCAGGACAGGGUGUACCCCUGCCAACGCCUCUCCCACCCUCCAAUGGUAGCAUGUUAACGGCCAACACAAACCACCCAUCAGGAUCCAGCCUGCACGGCAAUAGCAAUGCUACUACCACCCAAACCAAUUAUGGAUGUUCACCUGGAAGCCAGAUGGGAGCUAAUGUUGCCUUAAGCCAGGGACAAGCUGGUCCUCCAAACAGCACCCAUGGUAUAAACAUCAGUGGGUCUCCCAUGAACAGUCCUGGGGUCACCCCGCCACAGUUUAUGUCUCCAAGACAUCGAGUAAGCCCUGGACUUGUGCAUCGGCCCAGAAUGCCAAGCAACCCGUUCUCUCCUACUAUGCCCCACACACACUCCCCAGUGGGCAUGGUGGGCAAUUGCGGUGGCAGCAGUGCUGUCAGCAACAGGCCAUAUCCAGGCACCCCAUUAAACUCCAUGCAGGGAUUGACUGAUGGGCCUAGCCCUCCAAUGGGCUACUCCACACCCCCUCCCGUCCUGCGUCAGUUGAGCAAUCAGAACUCCCCCAGCAGAAUGAACAUGCCACCCGUGAAAACAGAGCCAAAAGACAGCAAGGAGAUGUCGUCCAUUCUUUGCAGCAUGACCCACACCGACAACAGCUCCAACGACAGCAAGCCCUUGGAUUCUAGCUUGCUGCAUGGCAGUGACAGACUCUCAGAGGGUGACAGCAAGUGUUUGCAGGCUACCAGCCACAAACUAGUCCAGCUCUUGGCUUCCACGGCCCAAGAGCAGUUACGGCACAUGGAUGCCGAUACCAGUUGCAAAGAGCCCUUGUCUUGUACGGGUGCAUCGGGGACCCCAGCUUCUGGGAACCCUGUGGCCAGUGCAUGCCCUUCCUCCCACAGUUCCCUCACAGAGAGACAUAAGAUCUUACAUCGGCUCCUCCAGGAAGGCAGCCCUUCUGAUAUUGCCACCCUGUCCAUGGAGCACGAUAAGAAAGAUGGAAUGCCUGGUGGUACAGCUGCCGCGGCUACCCCACAGAGCCAGGCUCCAGGAACUCCUGACAUCAGGCUGGAGGCAGAUGCAAUGAAGAAGAAGGAUUCAAAGGACCAUCAGCUCCUUCGCUAUCUGCUUGACCAGGAUGAUAAAGAACUAGCAUCUAACCCUCCCUUGAGCCUGGAGGAUGUGAAGGUGAAAGAAAACCCAGAGCAAUUAGAUCCUUGUAAUGCACCUGUGGCUCCACCACCUAAGCCCUCCACUCAAGAGGAGGUGAAGCUACAGCCACAGGGACAGUUUGCAUCUGAUCUUGAACAAAUGCUGCCUCCGCUGGAAAAGACAGCCCAGUUGCCACCAGGCUUAUGUGGGUCAGAGACAACUGAAAGUGGUGGCAUUACUAUCAAAUCAGAGAUCUUGAGCCCCUCCCUUCAGCCCAGUACUGCUGCAAGAACUCCUACUGGGAUGAGCUCUGUUAAUGGUGGGCAAGGAAUGCAAACCGGACGGUCCCCAUUUGAAUUCUGUGAUCCAAUGGAGCCAGUUCAGCUACGGACAGCACCUUUCCCUGCCACAAAUGGCAGCAGCCCUCAUCAUGGUUUGCCAUCGGAACAGGGCAGGGGGGCAGUACCUGGCCCAAGUCCCUUUCAACCGGAUACUGCACCCAUUUUCCUACUUGAAGAUCCAGGAGAUGUUUGGCAGAAUUGGAAAAGUAUUUAUUUUCACAAUUCUAACGUUAGACAGCCUUUCAAGCUGUCAUGGAACUAUGCUUUGGAUAUUGGAAGCCCAGGAAACAUGAUUGUUGGUGCUACGGGUACAUUAUUAAUCCUCAUGCACCUCUGGCUUUUGAGUUAAACUUAUACUUUACCCACCAAGAAAUAAAGGGAAACUAGUAUAGAUCUGUUUCAAAUUAUUUAGUUCUCGUCAGUUAGCCAUAUCCUGGGAUUCGACCCGGGCUACUUACAUAUUAGGUAGAUGUAUUAACCUCUAAGCCAACGCAAAGCUGGCUAAGGAACUCUGGGAGUUGAAGUCCACAAGUCUUAAAGUUGCCAAGGUUGGAGAUUCCUGCUCCAAGCCACAGGUUCUCGCUUUGUGGGCUGUACUAGGGGGGAGAUUAAGUGUUGUUUUUUUAAUCAGGGUAAGGUGGCAGGCUGAACCAAAGUAGGCCUCAAGCCUGAACCAAACUGGUCUACCCAAAUAUAGGACGGAGCAUACUCUGGCUUUUGAGUAUUACAUCUGACAGUUUUUACUACUGUGAAAAUGGUUCCAGUCUUCAGUUCUUUCCUUAGAUUUUAGGGAAGGGAUCCUCCUCAUACACCUUUCACUAUCAUUGUAAGCUCUUAAUGCGCCACCAUUAUCUGUACCAAGUAUUUUCAGGUGCAGAAUCAUGUUAUAAGAGGGACGCAGUGGCUCAGUGGCUAAGAUGCUGAGCUUGUUGAUCGAAAGGUUGGCAGUUUGGCA